AUGCUUAUUAAAGUCAAGACCCUCACAGGCAAGGAGAUUGAGAUCGAUAUCGAGCCGAAUGACAAAAUUGCUCGCAUCAAGGAGCGCGUUGAAGAAAAAGAAGGCAUCCCUCCACCUCAGCAACGAUUGAUCUAUGGUGGCAAGCAAAUGGCUGAUGAAAUGACGGCUCAGCAAUACGCUAUUGAGGGCGGUUCCGUGCUUCAUUUGGUGUUAGCGCUUCGUGGUGGUCAAUAA